ACAAAACAAAAUCAUGGGAAAAGUGUUACAAAGAAACACUAAAUCAAGUAACCGUUUAAAAUCUGUUGUAGCAUUAGCUUUGUGUUUCGGAGCAAUUCAUUUCAAUAUUGCUUUGAUACUCUUUGCUCUCUUCUUCCUACCUCUCUCAAAAGCACUUUUAGUUUUUGCUUUGCUCAUAGUGUUUAUGGUGCUUCCUGCGAAUAAGAACAGUUAUUUGGGUCGAAAAAUAUCCAGAUUCAUAGGCAAACAUGUUCGUAGUUAUUUCCCUAUCACGCUUCACUUAGACGACGAUCCACAAGCUUUCCAUCCAAACCAAUCUUAUGUUUUUGCCUAUGAGCCACAUUCAGUUUUUCCAUUCGGCAUAUUUGCACUUCUUGAUAACGUAGACUUCCCUAUUCCAAAUAUAAGAUUUCUUGUCAGCAGCUCAGUUUUCUACAUACCAUUUUUGAGACAAGUAUGGAUAUGGUUGGGUUUUACAUCAGUGGAUAAGAAGAAUUUAAUUUCCUUGUUGGAAGCUGGCAAUAGUUGCAUGUUAGUACCUGGUGGAAACCGUGAAACCCUUUUUAUGGAGCAUGGGUUCGAGAAUGUAUUUCUCAAAGAAAGAAGAGGAUUUGUUCGAAUAGCAAUGGAGAUGGGUCACCCCCUUGUUCCAGUUUUCUGCUUUGGUCAGACAAAAACUUAUAAAUGGUGGAAAGUUCCUGGUAAGUUAAUUGAGAAUAUUGCGAGGUCUUUGAAAACGAUUCAACUGAUAUUUUGGGGAGUACUCGGAUCUCCUAUACCAUUCAAGAAUCCAUUGUAUGUCGCGGUGGGUAGACCAAUUCAGGUUGAGAAAAUUUUGGAACCAACAAGAGAGCAGGUUGCCAAAGUACACAGUGAGUUUCUUGAAGCACUUCAAGAUCUUUUUGAACGACACAAGACUCAAGCUGGAUAUACAAACCUUAAGUUGAAAUUUGUUUGAAGAAACCAUGAUUUAUCCCAUAUAUUUUAGUUGGUUUAUGUUUUUUAUUUUUUGAAGGAUGUUGGUUCAUGUAUUUAUUUAGUAUUAUGGAUAUGGGAAGAAGCAUUUGUAGAUUCUAUAGCUGCAAGUCAAUGGGUUAGGUUUAC